GCCGUUCGGCUUGAAGAAGAAACUGCGCUAGCUGAGGAAAAGAAGAAGAACCGCAACAAGUACCACGUACUCCCCGAAUAUCCCCGCCCUACAGCAGCAGAAGACGAGAUACUAGUAUCAGACUUUGCCAUAUGAAAACUCGACAAAGGUCUGUAUGUAGAGAUAUACUACUGGACCAACGGCGGGCUAGACGACGCUCUCACCAAUUAUCGCACCAAGGACGAUGAAGGAAUGGUGCCCACCAUGGGAGAAGACGGGUCCACUGUUUGGGUCAGCGCGGCAGCCACGAGGCCCUCAACUGGCAUGAUACCAGACCGAAAUCUCACCACAGUAGACUUCGCACAAGCAGUCCCACGCAUGAUCAACUCCCUCGAAGAGAAAGGUUGGCCGAAGCAAAGAGUCCUAAUGCUAGCCCGCUUCUGGGGAGCAAUCAUGAUCCACAGACACUGGAAUUCGAGGGACAAAUCAGCGCACAGAGGUCUGAUGUUAUUUCAGGAAGAACAACGUCGGGCUUGGCACAAUGCGAUUCCCAUUCCAGCAAACACUUGGGACAUAUCCAUCAUCAACGAAACAGUGAUCACACGCACGGUGGACAGAGUCUAUAGAGACGACCGAAACAAACAAGAUUUGAGCAAUGAUUUCAAACAAAAGAGUCAAUACUCGAGCUCUCACAAUGGACCAGCUGAACCCUCUUCCAACUCGCACGGAAGACGUUCUAAGCGCUCUACCUCCCCGAGUCACAAAAGAUGGUCAGCAUCCCCAACAAAGAAGUCCUCUGCCCCACGCAACACUCGCGUUUCAACAAGCACCCGCUCGGGUUUUCAAGGCAGCGCACACAGCACUUGCUCCCCAGCAGUGUGCGCCGUCUGCCUGGGGAGAAACUCACACAGCUUCAUCGAAUGCACUGCCGAACGACUCUGGGACAGCGCCUUCCCCGCGGUUGCUACCUGCAACAACAAACAACUACUCUUGUGAAGCUCGGA